GUCUGACAGCGGAGGGGGGAGGAAGGGCGAGGAGGAGGAGGAGGAGCAGCGGCAUCAACAAGCAAUAACAGGCACAACACCAUCCGUCUCCCCGAGCAUCCCCUGCUGCCUUCUCUCCUAAUAAGGGGAUGCCUUCUGGAGGAGACGGCCCAGGCUGCCUGCCAGCCAGCAGCUAGAGCACGCGUCCUGCACCCUGCCAGACAAAGGGGACCUAGUCACCGACAAGGGGGCGCCUGAGCAGGUGACGAGCAACACCCCGGAUAGACCCGUCACCCGGAUCUCUGACCUCCCUCCUGUGCACGCUCCCCACCGAUUCCCGCCUUCCUCAACAAAGGAUCAUGGGAUAAUAGCGCCACCAGCACCCAAGGCCACUGGGAUAUCUUCAUCAGCGCCGCUAUUGGGAUUGCGCGCUGGAACGUUCAGGCUUUUCCUACAUGCCCUCCCGGAUUAUUCUUCAGGACGUAACAAGUGUGCCAGUCUUAGGUCGGGUACCACAGACCUCUCCUUAGUCAGAUGACUUAUCCUUGAGGAGCGGGGUGCACUGUGGAAGUUUUCUGGGGGGGGGGGGGGUCCAGCGCCCCUUGCCUUGUGGUCAGUGAUAGCGAACCUUCAGGGUGGGCACCUGGCAUUGGGGGGUAGUACAGGUUGCAGAUACAAGUUCCCUGCAUAGUGGUCUCCUUUGAUUUUAUGGGGUAUUGCAGGCCGGCCCGUGCAUUGUGCCCAGGGACCCUCAUAGCCUCUAACAUUAGGUAAUAGGGUGGGCACCUGGCAUCGCAGGCCUGUGUAUACAUUGUGGAAGUUCUUUGCUUGAACCUAUACCCCCAGCCUGGUAUCCUAGACACAUAUACAUGUACCCUCUGCCCUGUGACGCUGCAUAUAAUACACUGAAUGCACGGAGGGUGAGGGUCUUACAGAUAUCAGCUUAUUAUGGGCUGCUCUGGAUGAGAUAAUCACAUAUUCACCUCCAGCCUCUGUGCCUGAUGCCCGUUCUGACUUCUGCUGUCUAAGCAUACUUCUGCUUGAGGCUAGAAAGGGUUAAUAGAGCCCCUGCCGCACGUGUAGGUGAGCCCCAGUGAUUGGCAUUGAGAGUCAGCGGCUGAUUUGAAUACAGGUGCUGUCAGUGCAGCAGGUGGAUGGGCACAGCCUGGCAUUAUAGGACUUCUUCAUAAACAUUCCCCGACCCCAGGUAAGAGAUUAUCAGCUACCAAUGAGCCGCAAGAAGACCACCGGCAUCGGGUAGCUGUAUGGGCCGAGGUUACCAGUCCUCCAGUUCCCGGAAGUUGGAACCCUUGGAUCUGGCGGCUCCGGCCCGUGGACCUCGCUGGCUCUCUAUGUCCGCUUUUUUGGAUCAAUUUUGCUUGGAUCAGACUAGGACAUUGCACGUGCUGCUUGUUGUGUGGUAGGGGUGGUACGUACCACCACCCUUCAUGUGAUCUGUGCGGAGCAGGAUAGACGGCAGGAGAUACCCAUGGGAUAAGGAUGCCUGUCCGAAGAGGUCACGUCGCCCCUCAGAACACCUUCCUGGACACCAUUAUAAGGAAAUUCGAAGGACAAAGUCGGAAGUUCAUUAUCGCCAACGCCCGUGUGGAAAACUGCGCCGUCAUCUACUGCAACGAUGGAUUCUGCACCAUGUGCGGGUACACGAGGGCGGAGGUCAUGCAGAGACCCUGCACCUGUGACUUUCUCUAUGGCCCCCGUACCACCUCCAGCGCGGUGUCGCAGAUCGCUCAGGCCCUGGUGGGAUCCGAGGAGCGUAAGGUGGAAAUCGCUUUCUAUCGCAAAGAUGGAAGCUGCUUCUUGUGUCUGGUUGACGUGGUCCCUGUGAAGAAUGAGGACGGUGCCGUCAUCAUGUUUAUUCUCAACUUUGAGGUGGUGAUGGAGAAGGAUCAUCUGACCUCACCGACCAAGAACUCCAAUCACCGGGUUCAAUCACACUGGUUCCCGUCAGGUAGAGGAAAGUCCUUCAGACUGAAGUUCCCUGCAUUGCUGACGCUGACCAGCAGUAAGCAGUCCCUACCCCAGGAGGACCCUGAUGUCGUGGUGGUCGACCUCUCCAAGCACAGCAGUGACUCUAUGGCUUUGGAGGAUGUGACCGUCGCUCCGGUAGAUAACUGUGUGGGCUGUCGGCCGGAGGACCAGCAGGCACUGAUCAGUGGCACAUUGCCUAAGAGGGAGGAGGAUGGCAGCAAAGAUCCUGCAGUGCAGUCUUCUCCCCGGGCGGACAAGGAUCACCUCAACCUGGAUAUGUCCUUCUCUAACUGUAGCCUGACUCGCACCCGCUCCCGGGAAAGCUUCUACAGCAUCCGCAGGGCCUCUUCCGUGGAUGACAUAGAGGCCAUGAAGGUCGACUUGGACAAAAAGUUUCGGAAGCGUAACUCUAGCACAGGUGCCACGAACAACGUGCGGAUGAACCUCCUGAACUCCACAUCAGACUCUGACCUCAUGAAGUACAGGACCAUCAGUAAGAUCCCGCAGAUCACCCUCAACUUUGUGGACUUUAAGGGGGAUUCGUUCCUCGUGUCGCCGUCCAACGAAAAGGAGAUUAUUGCCCCUACCAAGCUGAAGGACCGAACUCACAAUGUGACGGAGAAGGUCACGCAGGUCCUGUCGCUAGGAGCCGAUGUCCUUCCCGAGUACAAGCUACAAGCUCCUCGUAUCCACAAAUGGACAAUUCUCCACUACAGUCCUUUCAAGGCCGUCUGGGACUGGCUGAUCCUCCUACUCGUCAUCUAUACCGCCAUCUUCACACCGUACUCUGCCGCCUUCCUUCUGAACGACCAGGAGGAGCCAAACAGAGAAAACUGCGGCUACUGCAACCCGCUCAGCGUGGUGGACUUGAUGGUUGACAUCAUGUUCAUAAUUGACAUCCUCAUCAACUUCCGCACCACCUACGUCAACACCAAUGAAGAAGUGGUCAGCCACCCGGGCAAGAUCGCCAUCCACUACUUCAAAGGCUGGUUCCUCAUCGACAUGGUGGCUGCCAUUCCUUUCGAUCUUCUGAUUUUUGGCUCCGGCUCUGAGGAGUGGAUGGAAGAAAAUCCAAAGAACCGAAAAGAGACUACCACCCUGAUUGGUCUGCUGAAGACGGCGCGACUCUUACGCUUGGUGCGAGUGGCCCGAAAGUUGGAUCGUUACUCUGAGUAUGGAGCAGCCGUGCUUUUUCUCUUGAUGUGCACCUUCGCCCUCAUUGCUCAUUGGCUGGCCUGCAUCUGGUACGCCAUUGGACACAUGGAGCACUAUGACCAGAAUUAUCGCACGAUCGGCUGGUUGUACUCACUGGGCACCCAGAUCAUGAAACCGUACAACAACAGCAACACCAAAUCUGGCCCGACCAUCAAUGAUAAAUACGUCACUGCCCUGUACUUCACCUUCAGCAGUCUGACCAGUGUCGGCUUUGGGAAUGUGUCUCCAAACACCAACUCUGAGAAGAUUUUCUCCAUUUGUGUCAUGCUGAUUGGAUCGCUCAUGUAUGCCAGUAUUUUUGGGAAUGUGUCCGCCAUCAUCCAGCGUCUGUACUCUGGCACUGCCCGGUACCACACUCAGAUGCUGCGGGUCCGGGAGUUCAUCCGUUUCCAUCAGAUUCCCAACCCCCUGCGGCAGCGCUUGGAGGAGUAUUUCCAGCAUGCGUGGUCCUAUACCAACGGCAUCGACAUGAACGCAGUCUUGAAAGGUUUCCCAGAGUGCCUCCAGGCGGACAUUUGUCUCCAUCUGAACAGAAGUCUUCUUCAGAACUGCAAGCCUUUCAAAGGAGCCACAAAGGGUUGUUUGCGGGCCCUGGCAAUGAAGUUUAAGACCACCCAUGCCCCUCCCGGGGACACCUUGGUACAUGCAGGCGAUGUUCUUACGGCCCUGUACUUCCUGUCCCGGGGGUCCAUUGAAAUCUUACGUGGGGAUGUGGUGGUUGCCAUACUGGGGAAGAACGAUAUAUUCGGGGAGCCCCUCAAUCUCUACGCUCGGCCUGGAAAGUCUAACGCGGACGUCCGAGCCCUGACAUACUGUGACCUUCAUAAGAUUCACCGGGAAGACUUGCUGGAAGUCCUGGACAUGUAUCCAGAAUUCUCCGACUACUUCUGGUCCAGUUUAGAGAUCACCUUUAACCUGCGAGAUACCAACAUGAUCCCAGGAUCUCCGAGCAGCGACGAGUCGGACAGCGGAUUUAACAAGCUGAGGCGGCGCAAGCUGUCAUUCCGUAGACGAACAGACAGAGACGCUGACAAUGCCGGGGAAGUCAAGAAAAGUCAGAGGUCAAGCCGGCUGAUCCGGAACAAUCUAGCACCGGAGGAUACAAGUUGGGGUGAGCAGCACAGCAGCCCCCCGUCCAGUCCACCGUCCAGCGAUGACGAGCAGCCGGCAGCAAUGUCCAGCACCGUUGAGCUGUCACCAACCCGCGCUACGUGCAGCAACUUCACAGCAGCGAGCGGGGGAGAGGCGGAGAGGGACCACAGCGGGGGAGACAUGUGCAAUCACCUGUCAGGAGCUUUUUCCGGGGUGUCAAACAUCUUUAGCUUCUGGGGGGACCGUAAUGGACGUCAGUACCAGGAGCUGCCACGCUGCACCAUACCCGCUCACUCCACCCUCAGCGCACCCAUGCCUUCCCUCAGCCGGCGGCAAAAAUGUGAAUUAGGGAACAGGCUGGAUCAACUGCAGAAGCAGCUCAACAGGUUGGAGCACCGCAUGGUGACCGACAUCAACACUAUCAUGCAGUUAUUGCAGAAGCAGAUGGUCAUCGUCCCCCCGGCAUACAGCACCGUGUCCUCUCCCCCUCAGAUGUCCAGCUGCCACCCGUGUGGAGAGCAGAAUAUGGCAUCCUCUUCUCAGGUUUUUGAAUACCAGGACGUGGAGGGAAUGAAUUAUAAGUUAUGUGAAAUGCCUCUGGCCCCGCAGACUCUCCAUGUGGAGCCCACUUGCAGUCCUCGACGUCUCUCACUCCCCGGGAACUUGGAGAACCCCCUGGACUUGAGAACCCCACAGAGACAUUCCUCAGACCCGGGCAGUUAGGGGCAGGUUCACUGGAGAAGCUACUGUCAGACUAUGGACACAAGCCAAACCCUGGCACCGUAAAUUCAAAACAAAAAAGGCCAUAUGGAGUCACGCCAGGAAAACUUCAUAGCACAGACACCCGGCGUGGCGUUCUACACAUGGAUGGACGCAACGGGUGAUGGAAAAUACGGAGCAAAACCUCCCUUAUUGGGAGGCUGGAACCAGACGUGGAAAUUCAGCAUCAUAAUAGGGUACUGACGUUUCUGUGAUAUCAGCGCCUUGAGCGCCAGCUGCGGGAAGCCGCAUGAGGACGCGCUCCACCGUAGUCAGGCAACCCAUAGUUGUAAUUUCUGUCCAUCUUCUCCCUUCACUCUCGCAUUUGGAGCAACCAGGUAAAGAGUGAAUAUAUCAUCAAGAGGAUCGGGGAGUGGGGGACGAAUACUUUCCUCCCGAGCUUAGACGUUCUCUCCACAAAGCGAUCCAGCUCUAAGUGCACCGAUCAAUUCUAGGUGGAAUUGGACUUGAGGGUGGUCUGUCAGCUUAUUCCAGACCUGCCUUUGGGAGUUCUCUCAAGGAUGUGGGGGUUCCUUGUAGAUGAGAUGUGUCUUCCUGUUCACAAAUAUUAUGUCCCCUUCACCUAUGUAGUCCAUGAGUCAAGUCACCGGUUGUCAUGUGUUCUAUCACCGUUAACCUCCUGGCCGUGCCGAUGACCGAGCUUUCGUUGACCUUGUCAGUCUGCAGAGCGUCACGUCACAGGCCAGGAGCACAGACUGUUACCAUUAGUCAAUCACUGGGUUCUUGUUGCUCAUGUUUGUCCUCAGUCUCGACUGCUGUGUCUCCUAUCCUGUCAUCUUCUAGAAAAAGCACAAUGUCCUUGAGGAGCUUCUCAGGUGUAGCCCAAAGCUUGCUACCCAGGUAUAGAAGGAUAGUUGACUUUUCUGACGUCACAGAUGCUGCUCUGCCGUUUUAAGAUUCCCCCAGUGAAGGUCUCUGAUAUCUUCCACCAUCUGUCGUAGGCUCGCUACCUGUGCUCCAUCCGCAGGGGUGGAUAACUAUCAUAUGAUAAAUGAAGUCCAUGUCCUCCAUGCGGAGCUGUCAAUGACAUGGAUAUUUAUAGAGUAUCUCUAGGUCCCACUGUGGACCAGAUUAUGCACCAGACAUCUGCUCUCCAUGGUUGUCUACCCCUCGAAAUAUGACAGAACAUAAGAGGCAGUGCACUAGAUUACAAUGCAAAGAUCAGUCAUCAGCAUAAAGGCUAUGGACAUUUUGAUUCUCACCCACAGUAGGUUAAUGCUUACGUUGAGUUAAACUCACACUAAGUUUCAGGAUACAACCUUCAUUCAUUCAUUUUCAGAUCCCCUGAUAUUCUGUUUACAACUUGCUCCUAAUUUCGGACUUUCCUCACAUGGAUGUGUCCCUCCCAGUAAUACUGUCCAUGCUGGAUCUGUGUGUCCAGGAUGCUACUAUCUUCUCUUGCUCUCAUGUAUCAGCACAGCUUCAUUCCUUGACUCAUUUUCUCUUCAUAGCUUGUAACAGAUUCUCUCUGCUUCCCUGAUGCUGAGACGUGUGAUGUCUCCUUCUGCUGUGGGUGAUCUGCUUUCUCUACACUUGUCGACAGUCUAUGAGAUUACCCCCCUGCAGACUGUCUUGUGUGUGCUCUCCUCCUAUCUACAGCCUGUGUGAGCUGUCAUCCAGGAUGUAUCUCUCCUUCUCCACACUAUGGUCUGCAGCGUACAACCUCCUCCGAGAGAAGGGAUGGGGAGAGCAGAGAGAGCUGUCGGAAACAGCAGCAGUGGUGCAUUUAUGUCCGAUUCAGCAGCACCAACAGCUAGAUGAAGAGCUUACACAUACUCUGCAUCAGCAGAUGGUAGGAAAUAUAUAACUUAAAGGGGUAUUCCCAUCUGCGCCCUAUCAGACAAUGGCGACAUAUCCUAAUGACAUGCCCCCAUUGUCUGUGAUGGGAAUAUCCCUUUAAUUUUGCAUAUAGGAAGCAAAUGAACAAUAUAAAAAAAAAUCACUGCAAAGAUGUCCAUAGCCUUUAAGGGUCCAUAUUAAUAUAAAAAUUAUUAGAAAAAUAUCAUAGGAUUCAAUGUAAUGUAGCCACAAUUCAAGCACUGUACUGAUUACAUUACAUUUGACUAACUCCAGUCACAUCCAGAGCUGGAUUUAAAUUCUGCUCAUCUGACAACGGCUGCGGCUGUUUCCUUUUUGGCUGAAGUGCAUUGCGUUUGACAGUACAGAUUCCAGCAGAAUUGUGAGCGCAGCUCUAAAUGUGAAUGGAGACCAAAACAAGAUAGAGAAUCUCAUAUACAAAGUGACUCAAUAUUAGAGGUAGCUUGAGACUGAUAUAUGGACAGCACCUCGGCCAUGUAGGGUGGCAGACUACGGGGGAUAUCUAAAUGUAUAUCCUCAAUUCACAAUUGCACUGAUUAUUUUAGGAAACAGUCAGCAAGCUUGUGGAUUGACCCUGAACACGGAUGGUUUAGCACAGCCCUUAUAAUAGGGAGGGGGGGGGAUUGAAGCGACAAAGCAGCAUCGGCUGAUAGCGUCACACCAGUCUGCUCCUCCUGCGCUGCUGGCCGGGGUGACACUCCUAGCAGAGGUGGAGUUCACCUGAAUUGUACAAGGUGGCUGCCUCCCCAUUAAAGAGCCAUCUCCGUUUUUGCUGUUGUGUUCACCCCGUGGCAUAGCCACGCAGUGUCGCCAUCUGUGUUAGUCAUGUUACUGUUCAUUUUUACAUUUGCCAUGAAGAACCGGUGAACGCGUACGUUGCGGUGUAAUUUGCAGUGUAAGCGCCAUCGGGCUGCAGCACCCACAAAAUCUCUGGCGUCCUUCACUCGGAGCUUGCACCCAUGGCCCAUUCCUGCUCUCUCUCUGUAGGUCUACACUACAGUCUACUCUACUGCGCUCACGAUCCGCUCUGAAAGGCCGUGUUCACACUUUGGGUGCCAUGAUUGAUGCAUUUUACGUAUCAGUUGUGAAUCUGCCACGCUGCGUACGGUGCCGGCUCUGGAUGUAGUGUGAACGAGGCCGUCACCGCACACGUCCGGGAACCUGCCGAUACAAUUGUAGAUCCUGCUGACCGACGUGGCGGUAUUCAUUUGUGACUGUACAUAAGACGGAGGCUGCUGAUCUUAGUUGCGCCAAGUUUCCAAACACUUGGGGGUAAUUGUGCCUGAAAACACAAAGCUCAUGAUUGUGCAUCUUCUCGGCGGCGGCGCGCUCGCCGCGUAGCGUCCCCUGCCCCUUCCCUUUGACUUGUUAGUAGCGUCAGAAUAGGUUCUACCUGCUAAAUGUCUGAUAUAAUAUUAGUUUUUGGUUAUUUCUUUUGCACAACUCUUUGCUCUUUCCUGAGGUAUUUAGUACGUGUUUUGAAAGAUUACAAAUUCCGGCCGACCCUGUUACGCGGGGUCACGUCGCCAUUUUGUUAACGCAUCAUUGUAUGGCGUUAACUUACGUCAGAUGUUUAAAUCACUUUACUUGUAUUGCGUUUUAUGCUCCAUUCAAAUCCAAAGCCGCAUUAAAAAAUAAAUCUGGAUUGCUGUUGGCUGUCAGGCUUCUGUUUCAUCUCACUGCUGCCCCCUGCUGGUUCAGUCUCUGCAGUGCACUGUGUUUUCCACUGUGUUGCACUGAGAGACAUGUGGUGUGCACCAGGUAUGACUACAGGCUGAGUUCACGGCAUUGCAGGAAGCUGCUGCUGCUGCGGUGUCUGGACGGGGCUGAUCCAAGCAGCAGUAUGUUUAAUGCUGACUUAUGCAACC